UUAGUUGUCAUAGUAACGUUUUACAGGAAUGGAAAGUUUUUGAGAAAUUAUUAUAUAGCUAUUUUUAUUGUAAUAGUAGACUUUAAAAAAUGUUGCCAGUAUCUUAUAAAAAAAAAGAAGAAGAACUUGAAGAAUCUAUCUAUAAACUUAUUCCAAAGACUCCUGAAAACAAAUCAAAGUCUAAAAGAUAUAAAUCAGUAUUCAAUGACAGUGUAAAGAAUGAAAUAAAAUCUAUCAAAAAGGAAAAGAAAACAUUGGGCCCAGUAUCAGUGUGUUUAAAUACUCCUGAGAAUUAUUUAAAGAAAAGAUCAAUGUUGCCUCAAUUAAUAAAAGAUGAUAAAUGCAACAAAAAUGAAGAAAAGAAAUCUCCUGUUUCAAAACAUGAUGAAAAUGUUGUGUUGCUUUCUAAAACAAACAAAGAUUUUAUUAGUAGAAAUGCAGUUGAAAAUAUUUUAUCAAUUCCAAAAAAACCGGCAUGCAAAUUUACAGAUACAAGGAACGGAACUACUCAUACUUUAGAAAAAUCUGGAUUAGUUCCAAUGUAUUUAAAAAAAAAGAGUUAUGGAAAACUACCAGGUUAUUUAACAGAUCGAAAUAGAGAAUUGUCUCUCCUUCAAAAUGAGUAUGAUCUGUUUGUUCAAGAAUCUAUUAAUCAUGGUGCGAUGAAAUGUCUUUCUUCAACAGAAAGAGAUAGCAUUAUUUCUGGUUUAAAAUUGAACUGGGAAGAAAUUCAUCAUCAAUAUCAAGGUCUUUCAGUUGUUACAGAUACUGCUCCUAAAAGAAAUCGAAAAGAGCGCAUGGAAGCUGUGAUGAAUCAAUUAGAAAAAGAUAUUGAGUUACUUGAAAGUCACAGUAAAAUAUAUGUAUCUAAUCCGACGUAUUUGUCCUAACGUCUUACAGAAUUUGUAAAUGUAGAUUAUUUUAAGUAAAGAUAAAUUUAUAAUUAAUAGAAUUAAAAAGUCCAGUAUUAGUAAUA